AUGGUCCCUCGCUUCUGCGGUGACAUCACCCAAAAAGGGUAUGAAAAGAAGAGGUCAAAACUCAUCGGAGCCUACCUGCCCCAGCCUCCGAGGGUGGAUCAAGCGUUGCCUCCCGAGCGCCGGGCUCCUGUCACUCCUGCUUCUUCCACUCGCUAUCACCGCCGAAGGUCCUCAGGGUCACGAGAUGAGCGUUAUCGGUCAGACGUCCACACAGAAGCCGUGCAGGCGGCGCUGGCUAAACACAAAGAAAGGAAGAUGGCGGUGCCUAUGCCUUCCAAACGCAGGUCCUUGGUUGUGCAGACCUCGAUGGAUGCCUACACACCUCCAGAUACGUCUUCUGGCUCGGAAGACGAAGGCUCGGUGCAGGGUGACUCCCAGGGGACCCCCACCUCCAGCCAGGGCAGCAUCAACAUGGAGCACUGGAUCAGCCAGGCCAUCCACGGCUCCACCACCUCCACGACCUCUUCCUCUUCUACCCAAAGUGGGGGGAGUGGCGCCGCCCACAGGCUGGCCGACGUCAUGGCCCAGACGCACAUAGAAAAUCACUCUGCACCUCCUGACGUGACCACUUACACCUCAGAACACCCAAUACAAGUAGAAAGGCCGCAGGGCUCGACGACAUCACGGACGGCACCCAAGUACGGCAACGCGGAGCUCAUGGAGACGGGCGACGGGGUGCCCGUAAGUAGCCGGGUGUCGGCGAAAAUCCAACAGCUUGUCAACACCCUCAAGCGACCGAAGCGGCCGCCAUUACGGGAGUUCUUUGUCGAUGACUUUGAAGAACUGCUGGAAGUUCAACAACCAGAUCCAAACCAGCCUAAGCCAGAGGGAGCACAGAUGUUGGCCAUGCGCGGGGAGCAGCUGGGAGUGGUCACCAACUGGCCCCCGUCCCUGGAAGCCGCGUUGCAGCGAUGGGGGACCAUCUCCCCGAAGGCCCCGUGCUUGACCACGAUGGACACGAACGGGAAGCCCCUGUACAUCCUCACUUACGGCAAACUGUGGACAAGAAGUAUGAAGGUUGCUUACAACAUUCUGCAUAAAUUAGGUACAAAGCAAGAACCAAUGGUACGACCUGGAGACCGGGUGGCGCUGGUGUUCCCCAACAAUGACCCUGCUGCCUCGAUGGUGGCCUUCUACGGCUGCCUACUGGCCGAAGUUGUCCCCGUGCCCAUUGAAGUCCCGCUCACGAGAAAGGACGCCGGAAGCCAGCAGAUUGGGUUCUUGCUCGGAAGCUGCGGAGUCACCGUGGCCUUAACAAGCGACGCUUGCCACAAAGGGCUGCCGAAAAGCCCGACAGGGGAGAUUCCGCAGUUCAAAGGUUGGCCAAAGCUGCUGUGGUUUGUCACCGAGUCAAAGCAUCUCUCCAAGCCCCCUCGAGAUUGGUUCCCACACAUCAAAGAUGCGAACAACGACACCGCGUACAUAGAGUACAAGACGUGCAAGGACGGGAGCGUGCUCGGGGUGACCGUGACCAGGAUCGCACUGCUGACCCACUGCCAGGCCCUCACACAGGCGUGUGGCUACACGGAAGCGGAAACCAUAGUGAAUGUGCUGGAUUUCAAGAAGGACGUCGGGCUCUGGCAUGGAAUUCUGACCAGUGUCAUGAACAUGAUGCACGUGAUCAGCAUCCCAUACUCGCUGAUGAAGGUGAACCCCCUCUCCUGGAUUCAGAAGGUCUGCCAGUACAAAGCAAAAGUGGCUUGUGUGAAAUCCAGGGACAUGCACUGGGCACUAGUUGCACACAGAGAUCAGAGAGACAUCAACCUCUCUUCCCUCCGGAUGCUGAUCGUGGCCGACGGUGCAAAUCCCUGGUCCAUCUCGUCCUGUGACGCAUUUCUCAACGUCUUCCAGAGUAAAGGCCUGCGUCAGGAGGUCAUCUGUCCAUGCGCCAGCUCCCCAGAGGCUCUCACCGUGGCCAUCCGGAGGCCUACGGAUGACAGCAACCAGCCUCCGGGCCGGGGUGUCCUUUCCAUGCACGGGCUGACCUAUGGCGUCAUCCGGGUGGACUCGGAGGAAAAGCUGUCUGUGCUCACCGUGCAGGACGUCGGCCUCGUGAUGCCUGGCGCCAUCAUGUGUUCGGUGAAGCCGGAUGGCAUCCCUCAGCUUUGUCGAACAGAUGAAAUCGGGGAGCUCUGCGUGUGUGCCAUUGCAACGGGCACGUCCUACUACGGCCUCUCGGGCAUGACCAAGAACACCUUCGAGGUAUUUCCCGUGACGAGCUCGGGGGCCCCCGUCAGUGAGUACCCCUUCGUAAGGACAGGCCUGCUGGGCUUUGUCGGCCCCGGGGGGCUCGUCUUCGUGGUGGGCAAGAUGGACGGGCUUAUGGUGGUCAGCGGACGCAGACACAAUGCGGACGAUAUUGUUGCCACGGCGCUGGCCGUGGAGCCCAUGAAAUUCGUCUACAGAGGAAGGAUAGCCGUGUUUUCAGUGACCGUCCUGCACGACGAGAGGAUCGUGAUUGUGGCCGAGCAGAGGCCGGACUCCACGGAGGAGGACAGCUUCCAGUGGAUGAGCAGGGUGCUCCAGGCGAUUGACAGCAUACAUCAAGUCGGGGUUUAUUGCCUAGCCUUGGUUCCAGCAAACACCCUCCCCAAAACCCCGCUUGGUGGGAUCCACUUGUCAGAAACGAAGCAGCUCUUCCUGGAGGGCUCACUUCACCCCUGCAACGUCCUGAUGUGCCCCCAUACCUGUGUCACAAACUUGCCUAAACCUCGACAGAAGCAACCAGAAAUCGGCCCUGCCUCUGUGAUGGUGGGGAACCUGGUGUCUGGGAAGAGGAUCGCGCAGGCCAGUGGCAGAGACCUGGGCCAGAUCGAAGACAACGACCAGGCCCGCAAGUUCCUGUUCCUCUCGGAGGUCCUGCAGUGGAGGGCGCAGACCACCCCCGACCACGUCCUGUACACGCUGCUCAACUGUAGGGGUACGAUAGCGAGCUCGCUAACGUGCGUGCAGCUGCAUAAACGUGCCGAGAAGAUCGCUGUGAUGCUCAUGGAGAGAGGACACCUGCAGGACGGGGACCACGUGGCUCUCGUCUACCCGCCAGGAAUAGACCUCAUCGCGGCAUUUUACGGCUGCCUGUAUGCGGGCUGUGUGCCAAUAACCGUCCGCCCUCCACACCCACAGAACAUCGCAACGACGCUGCCGACCGUGAAGAUGAUCGUGGAGGUGAGUCGCUCUGCCUGCUUGAUGACAACACAGCUCAUCUGUAAGUUGUUACGGUCCAGGGAGGCAGCUGCGGCCGUAGACGUCAGGGCAUGGCCCCCCAUCCUGGACACAGAUGAUUUGCCAAAGAAGCGGCCUGCCCAGAUCUACAAACCUUCCAACCCAGACACGCUAGCUUAUCUCGACUUCAGCGUGUCCACGACCGGGAUGCUUGCUGGAGUGAAGAUGUCUCAUGCAGCCACCAGUGCCUUCUGCCGUUCCAUUAAGCUGCAGUGUGAGCUCUACCCCUCUCGAGAAGUGGCCAUCUGCUUGGACCCUUACUGUGGACUUGGGUUUGUCCUGUGGUGCCUCUGUAGUGUCUACUCAGGGCACCAGUCCAUUCUCAUCCCGCCUUCUGAGCUGGAAACCAACCCUGCCUUGUGGCUUCUUGCCGUGAGUCAGUACAAAGUCCGGGAUACAUUUUGCUCCUAUUCAGUGAUGGAACUUUGUACCAAGGGGCUGGGCUCGCAGACAGACUCCCUCAAGGCACGAGGACUGGAUUUGUCCCGCGUGCGGACGUGUGUGGUCGUGGCAGAGGAACGGCCUCGGAUAGCACUCACCCAGUCAUUCUCGAAGCUCUUUAAAGACCUGGGUCUCCACCCGCGGGCCGUGAGCACCUCCUUCGGCUGCCGAGUGAACCUGGCCAUUUGCUUGCAGGGGACCUCGGGACCUGACCCAACCACCGUCUAUGUUGAUAUGCGAGCUCUGAGACAUGACAGGCCAGUCACGCUGAGGCAUUCUCACCUGCCGCGGGCGGAGCGCGGGGGAGGCCGGGAGCUGAGGGGAGUGCCGCCUCCGUCAGUGUUUGCCGAAACCGAAGCAAACCUGGACAUGGCGACGGGUGUGGUACAGCCACCCUCCGAGGGCCCUGGAGGUGCUGUGGGGGCCUCGGGGUUGAAGCUGUCCCUCUCACGGCACCAGGGUGACCCGGGGGCAAGAGCUAGCACGGUCAUUAAAACAGAAGGUGUGAACAACUGCAGCAGCCUAGAGUGCCUACGGAGACGAGGAAGUCCUGACGAGGAAGGAACCCUUUGCAAACAGACCUCUCGCUGCAACAACCCUGCGUCGGCAGCCCCUUGGCAUCAGCCCGAGGGUCUGUUGCCUUUCCGGGAAUGGACAGGAGAGCAGCCAGAGCAGUGGCGGAACGUCUCUGGCCCAGGGUUGGCGGGUUUCAUCGGCUCCUGCAUCAUGUCGGAUGGAUUCUGCCGCGUCCGUCUGAGUCCUCCUGAGAGGGUCUCUGCUCAAAUUGCGAACAUCCAGACGCCACAGUUGGGCAGCCAGCCGCUGGACCCAGGCGUGUCCACUUCACCCGGCCGUUCAGACGAGCCUGGCGCUAGCUCAGUGUCGCGGUCCCAGCCUCCCGACCCAGCGAUUCAGCUGCAGCAACGGGAGAUCCACACCCAAGGCUGGCUGCGAGGGAGCCCCACGUGCCCAGCAGCACCCCUCCAGCCCCCUUCCGUCUUCAGAAUACUUCCAGGGGUUCGGAUCAUAAUUGCCAAUCCAGAAACAAAAGGACCGUUGGGCGACUCCCACCUGGGUGAGAUCUGGGUUCACAGUGCCCACAAUGCCAGUGGUUAUUUCACCAUUUACGGAGAUGAGUCCCUGCAGUCAGACCACUUCAACUCAAGGUUAAGUUUUGGAGACACCCAGACGGUCUGGGCACGGACAGGCUACUUGGGGUUCCUGCGGAGGACGGAGCUCACAGAUGCAAACGGAGAGCGCCAUGAUGCCCUGUAUGUGGUGGGGGCGCUGGACGAAGCGAUGGAGCUGCGGGGGAUGAGGUAUCACCCGAUAGACAUUGAGACCUCGGUCAUCAGAGCCCAUAAAAGCGUCACAGAAUGCGCUGUGUUCACCUGGACCAAUUUGUUGGUGGUGGUGGUUGAGCUUGAUGGGUCAGAGCAAGAAGCCUUGGACCUGGUCCCCUUAGUGACCAACGUGGUUCUGGAGGAGCACUACCUGGUGGUGGGGGUCGUGGUCGUGGUGGACAUCGGUGUCAUCCCCAUCAACUCCCGGGGAGAGAAGCAGCGUAUGCACCUGCGGGAUGGGUUUUUGGCAGACCAGCUAGAUCCCAUCUAUGUGGCCUACAACAUGUAG